GAGUGUGCCAAUACUUUUUUGAUCCGUUGUAGAUAGUUUAUACAAAGAUUUGAAGAACUUCGUUAAUUAUUUUAGUACCGUUCACUAAUGAUCUCCGUUUCACUGAGCCUUUAAUUUGAAGAUUUGAAGUUAAAUAGUAAUUUUUCUAGAAAUUAUCUCUUUCUAAAGUUUUAUGCUUAAUACUGUGUUAAAAAAAUAAAUUAAAAAAAUGGUUAUUACAGUUCAAGAACCUUCAGUAAUAUGUGGAGAAUUUCCAUCAAUUUUACAUAAUGAAGAUUACACUAUAUGGGAAGGACAUUUAUCAGUUGAGGUCAACCAGUUUAAAAUUAAAAUGUUUAUACCAUCUUACCCUUUGAUGACAGAUGCCAGUUUUGAAUGUACUCCAUAUAUAAAAUCUUGUCUUCAGUCACAUGUUGAUAAUGUGAACACUAUUGGUCAAUUAUAUGAUUUAUUCAAACAAAGCAUUGAUUCUCUUCUUCCUUUUUGGAGAAUAUGUAAAAACUUAGAUGAAAAAUCUUGGGUGGUUGAGCCUUCAAAACCUCAGAAGAGAGAUGUAUAUCGCCGAAUUUUAAUAAGUGAAUAUCUGUCAGUAGUUUUGACAUUUAAUCCAUUUGAUUUAUCAUCUUACCCUGAUGUGAAGUUCCUUGGCUCUAUGAAGGCAGUAGCAGAAGGGAAAACAAAAUAUAUAAGAAACCUUGAGUUAUUUGGUUGGAAAGAAGAAGUUGAUGUUGCAGAAAAUCUUAUUCAUUUAUUUGAAAUAGAAAAGUUGCCUGUGAAAGUAUCGACUUAUGAAACCAUAGGUAGUGAAAAUGAAUGCUAUAUUUGUUUUAUGAAUACAAUUGAAAAUGAAGAACCACCUUCUAAAUGGUGUAAUAACCCUCAAUGUUCAUCAUGGUAUCAUCAUUCUUGUUUGGUUCAGGAGAAAAAAACAGCAGAAACUACCGAAAAAACAGCAAUCAAGCCUGUAAAAGACUGCUGUAUCUCAUCCUCUAAAAAAAAAAAAACACUACAAGUAGAGAUGGGCAAUGUUGACUGCAGAUCAGAAUGGAAUGUUACAUACAGACAACUUGAAGUUUAUUUAUCACAAAAUGCCCACAUUAUAAACCUAUUAAAAAAAAAAAUAUUUUAGCAAUAAACAAUAUUGAUGUAUCUUAUCUCUUAUGAUAUCUAACUACCUAUCACGGUGCUAGUCUUGGCCUCCUCCACCAGCUUCCUCCAGUCAUCUCUGUCCUCCAGCUCCCGACUCCCAGGACAUCCUUUGAAUCUCUUGCCACACUGUCUGACCAUCUUAGUUUUAGUCUCCCUCUUCUUCUUGUGCCGUAGAGAGGUUCUGUCAGAAUUAUCUUAGGGAUUGCUUCUUUCUUCAUCCUAGCCAUGUGGCCAGCCCAUCUCAGUCUUCCAAGCUUCAUUCUCUGAAUCACAUCUUUUGAUCAUUAAAAAUCGAGUAAUCAAAGAUUAGGAUGUCUUGCUCAAUUCUUUUAGUAGUCGUCCAUGUUUCUGAUGCAUGCAGCAGGACUGGGCCGAUUAGUGUUUUGUAAAGAUGUAGCUUGUUCUGCUGUGAUAGAAGGCGAGAGGUGAAUUCCUUGCUAAGAGCAAAGUAACAACACUUGUUAGCCAUCAAUAUUCUUUUCUUGACCUCAAUCUCGGGUACAUUGUCUUGUGUUACCAGUGACCACAAAUACUUGAACUGCGCUACUUUCUCAAAGUUAAGGGGGCCAAUAUUGAUGGUCUUCAGGUCGCCAGGUCGAGGGACUUCUCCUGUGGCCAUAUAUUUAGUUUUGCCUUCAUUCACUUCUAACCCAAGUGCUCUGGCAGCCUCCAACAGAGCUAAAAAUCCUUCUCUAACAGACUGUAACUACCGCCCUAUGAUGUCGACAUCAUCCUCAUAGGCUAAUAGCUGAACUAUUCGAUUGUAAAUAGUCCCAUUAGUUUGCAGACCAGAAUCCCUCACUGCCUUUUCUAGUGCCAAGUUAAACAGGAGGCAUCACCUUGGUGAAGUUCUAUUGUUGAGGAGAACUCUUCUGUCCUUUGACCACCAACCUGCACAUUACACUUUACAUCUCUCUUGGUUAGCAGUCAUAGUCGCUUAUAUGGGAUAUUCAACCCUUCAAGUGCCUUGUACAGUUCUUUCCAGUUAGUACUAUGACCAAAAAAAGGAUUAAAAAGAAGAUAAUAAAAUAAGCUUUAGUAAAUAUAAUUUUCUAUCGGAAUUUUUACUUGUUGGGUGCCUGGCUUUACCAACCUUUCAUCUCUAAAGAGAUAAUUAUAGAGAAUAUAAGUUACUUACCCAUUAUUUGGUCAUGAUUAAUCUACUAUGCUAGCUCAGGUGAGAAGGGGUGUAAAUAACCUACAGGAAGUUAAAUUUUAAAUGAUUCGUUUUGGCGGGAAUAGGUGCAUAGCCUUCCGCUUUUAUAUCGGGGUUUAAGGUUAUUUAUACUCGUGAAUCUUUAAAACAAAACCCCGGCACUGGAUAUCGACUUUUUGAGGUGUUCAACUGUGAUUGGGAAUUCGGGGAUCUAUUACCUUUUAUGACACUGUGUGAGAAAAAACAAUAAGAAUAUAUAUAUGAAAUGUGGGACUUAGUAAACACUUUGAAUGAAUUGACUCACCUGGUUUAUUCUUCAAUUGUUAGGCCUAUAGGACAACUAAAUAAAAGGACUAUUCACUCCGGUAUAAUAAAACAAUUUAUUUUGACAACUGAUAAUAAAUGAAUAUAUAUGAGUGAACAGUUGGCUUGAUAAUCUUGGUCUUCAAUGUAGUAAGCCUCUCUUCCCAGAUGAUGUCUUCUUGUGUUGGUGUCCAGGCCUUAAGUGUUUGGCGUCGUCCUCGCCAUCUGUUGCCAGCUACCUGAUCGGACCUUUUCUUCUUUUCGAUUCUUUAUCGAUGUGAGAUUUUCCAAUGAGCAAUUUGUCCACUGCACAAUUGAGUACAAUUCACAGUGCUACCUCACAUUCCUAUAUAUUAUAUAUACCUUCUCAUUCCCUCACACAAUGUCAACUAAUGGUGUAAAUACAGGGGGAUGUCUACUACAGGGGUUAGGUUGGAUUUUUUUAUAAAGCAGCAAAAAAGGUUAAGAAAUCUAUUUACAGAAAGAAAUAUUUACAGAAUUAAUACAAUGUACAAGCAAAAGAGAUAAAAUAAAAGGAAAAAGAGAGAAUUUACACAUAAUUACUAUAUACAAUUAAAGAUAAAUAUGAAGAUAAUAUGGAUAAUAAAAAUACAAAAAAGAUACUUAUUCUAUAUACAACAGUAUGGCAUGCUACAUAUAAACAUCAAGUAGGGAAAGUCAAGAUAUAAGAUGUAAGAGCACAUGCUCAUGCUAAAAUAUGAAUUAAUAAUUAAUCACAGGAAACAAAAGAGAGAAGAGUUAUAUUUGUUUUUUUUACAAUGCUUUCUUAAUCUUGAUUACAAUGCUAUUGUAAGCUGCCUUGAAGUCAACGAAAAGAUGCUGGGUUUUAAUCUGAUAUUCGUUUCCUCUCUCUAGGAUUGUUCCGAGGCAGAAUAUUUGGUCUGUCGUAGAUCUUUCCUGUCUAAAUCCUCAUUGGUAGGGACCAAACUUUUGCAAAGGGUAGAAAACGCUGGAACAGAAUGUUAGACAAAAUCUUAUAUACAGAAGAGAGAAGAGAGAUACCCCUGUAAUUUUUACCCUGGAGUUUGUCUCCUUUUUUUAAGAAAAGACAAGUAACUGACUUUUUCCAGUCUUCCGGCAAAACCUCUUCCUUCCAAAUGGUCAAGAUUAGAUUCUGCAACGUUAUAAUCAGCUCCUCACCUCCGUUCUUGAAGAGUUCAGCAGGCAGGGCAUCAGCUCCAGGUGCCUUAUUAUUCUUUAACCGAUUAAUGGCGUCCAUUAUUUCUUCACAUCUAGGUAGGUAAAAAAAGUAAAAUUAAAUGCAAAAUCUGAAGGUUUCUAAUGUACUACUACUAUUAUUCAGUGUUGCAACCCAUUUUGCUCUAUUCUAGGGGAAAAGAAGGACACGUACGCUAAAUGUAUCCCUUUCCUUAAUGAGAAAUUCCGUGAGACCUUUCGGAGAGAGAGAAUUCACCGUGAGAGGCCUCUGGUUUGGGUCUUGCGGAACAAUUCCAAAAAGAACAAGGAGCUUCCUCGAGGAACUAGGUGUCGACAUUAAGGACAUAGCUAGGUUGGCUGAAAAUAUAGUCCUCGACUCCUUGGGAAUCAUUCACCACCACGUGCAUGGCUAGCCUGAGAGUUUUAAUUUAUGUUGUUGGGGCCAGGGGUACUUCAAAAUCGAAGUACAAAUCUUUCCCCGGUGCGUUUCCUCAAUGGUGGGGAAAAAUUCGAGUAAAAUUAAAAAUGUUGGGAAAGAAGGGAAAAAAAUUUAGUGAAUAAAAUGAGACCUGUAAAAACAUAAAAAAUGUGCAUGCACAAGAAAAUAUUAAAAAAUAGAAAUACUUCAAUAAGUAAAAAAAAUGUAGAAUAAAAUUCCCCUUUUGAAUGCUUACAAUUUAUUGAGAUAAAAAAUAUAUACAAUAGUUAAAAAAUAAAUAAAGAGUGGAUGAAUCUCACUGAAAUGAAUAAAACACAAAAUAUAACUCAGUGAACAUAAACCCAAAUUAACAAUUAUUAAUAAAGAAACAAAGAAAUCAAUUUCUGAAAUUAAAAAUAAAACGAGAGAGAAAAAUAAUGGUCCAAAAGAAUAAAUUAAUUUAGCGAAGAAAACAGUUAAUUAAUAUUUAAAUGUCUUGGUGAGAAUAGAAAACACAAGCCAAGUUGGAGGUUCUGCUUCCAACCUGUUACCUUCCUAUGUCCAGCUGUCGAGCAAUCGAUGGUGGGGUGGUAUCGAUAUGUAUCGAUAACUCAGCUGCGCCCAACCGCUGAUCUUCGAAAAUGGUGCUGGUGAGGUGAACUAGACGAGACGGCCUGGAGCUUGGUGAAAUUGGUGGGGGUAGACGUCCACUCUGAACGAAAGACAGCUCUAGACUCCCGACCCGACAGUAUUAUGGCACUAUUUUGAUGUCUUAAUCCCUAAGACCGGGUAAUACUGCCGGGCUGGUGCAUAUAAAUAAGCGAUAAUACAUCGCAAAAUAAACCUAAAUAUAAACAAUGUACCAUUCUGAGAUAAAAGAUCCUGGAAGGUAUAUCUUUCGGAUCCAUCCUUGCAAUGAGACCAGCCCAGCAAAAUCUUGAUGCUUUUAAGAACAUGGAUAGAUUUGCUUAUAUUUGCUUAUAUUCUUCAGGUGUCUUGCUUGUAUAUUCCACCGUAUAUUCGAGAGAGCACUUUCCUUUCAACCCUAAGGAGGACUUGCUCUUGGGCUUUAGCAGCAGUCCAACAUUCUGAACUGUAUAAAAGCAAUGGCCGAAUGAUUAUUUUAUAAAUUCUUUUCUUCAACCCCUCGGACAAAGAAGCGAUUCUUAAAUGUCUUUAGAGGGAGAAAUAUGUUUGAUUUGAUUGAAAGAGGAUUCGUCUAUGAAUUUCUUCCUCUACACUGUUCUCUUGAUUCACCUGUGAUCCCAUGUACAUAAACGAUUGUACUCUUUUAAGCCUUAUUCUUCUUAUACUUCUUCUUCAACCCACAAAGGAUUCUGGAUUCCUCCACCAGCAACUGCCAUGCGUCUCCAUUCUAUACCUAUAUAUUAUAUAGACCAGACCAAUUUUAGAUAUUUAACUUCUAUUAAAAAUAAUAAUAAAAACUUAAUUUUUUAAUAGGGUUGAAAUUUCAAAUAUUAUAAAUUCUAAAACGUUUUUGUUAAAAUUUAAAGUAUUUUUUUAAAAAAUAAAAAAAUACUGUAAUCUUGAGAUUUUCAAGUGUUCAAAUAUUAGUGUUGAUACUGUUUUUCUAUAUCACUAAACAAAAUAUUUUUGGGGAUUGCGUUCUUUCUAAAAAGCCCAAAAAAAAACAACAAAAAAACAUUCAAUUCUUCGAUAGGAAUAUUUUUUUUUACAUGUUCCACAAUGAGCAUCUAUCAGUGAUUUACUAUUACCUAAUUGAUUUUUCAUAAGGUGUAAAGAACUUUCUCAUCAAAUUCUUUUUCUCACAUUUCAAAUCGGGAUAUUUUUAUAUCCAGAUUUUAAUUAUUGACGAGAGACUAGAUUUUACUUUCGGCAUUAUCAAUUUUUUUUGUUGAUAUGAAUGAAAUUUGUACAAAUCAAGUCAAAGCCAAAAGAGAUACUGAAGGGUUGAACGGUGAGUGAGGAUUCAAGCCUAAACAAUAACUAUAAAUGUCUUACUGACAAAGCAGCUUUUUAUUAUCCAAUACUUUAGGCGAGUUCUAUUCCAAGAAUAGGUCUCACUUUUGUUUACUUCUUCCUUUUGUAAUGAAUACCAUUUUUGCUUUACAGAUAAUUAUUUACCUUCUUCAUAUUUUUCUAUUUUGAAUAAUGAAUUUAAUUUGAAUAAUAUAGUAAAAUAAGGUACUUCUCUCUUAGCGGGUAGAGUCGAAACCUUCCUUCUUAUCUAAUCUCGUUUCAGAUAACCUCCCUUAUCGACCCAAUCUCGUUUCUCAAGUUAUUGUGUUCUUUAGUUUUUCUUGUUCUUUAGUUUAGUUGUUCUUUAGUAUUCUUUAAGUUAUUGUGUUGUUUAGUAUUAUAUUGUGUUCUUUUGUUAAUAUUGUGUUGUUUUGUUUCAACUGGAACUAUGGAUGUUGUCACAUUGUGGGAAUUGCCGUCUUCGGAAGAAGGGGCUAUCAAAUAUUUUCAAGACGCCGGUAUAUUUGAUAAGGUGAAAUAUUGUGAUUAUUGUGAUGGUCGUAAAAUGAAGUUCGACGGGAAGAUUAAAUGGAGAUGCUCUCGUAGGUGUAACAAAACCGUUUCUAUAAGGAAAGGAACGUGGUUAGAGGGGUCCAGGAUUUCUUUUUUGAUGGCUUUAAAAUUCAUUUAUGGGUGGUCCCAUAAUUUAACUACAAUUCAGUGGGGGAAAGAGCAGCUCAAACUAUCCACCCAAACUGUCGUAGCAUGGAACAAAUUUUUAAGAGAAGUUUGUGCCCAUGACAUGUUAUACAGGUCGAAUAAAAAAAUUGGAGGGCCUGGCAAAGUCGUCGAAGUAGACGAGAGUCUUUUUUCGAAAAGAAAAAAUCAUAUGGGGAGAGUCUUACCUCAGCAGUGGAUGUUUGGCGGAGUUUGCCGAGAAACAGACGAGUGUUUUAUAGUUAAAAUAAAGGAUAGGAGAGCAGGGACUUUAUUAGAAGCUAUCAAAAACAAUGUAGAAGAGGGAAGCACGAUUUAUUCCGACUGUUGGAAAGGAUACAACACAAAACAACUGAAUGAAGCAAACUACGACCAUUUUCAGGUCAAUCACACAUAUAAUUUUGUUGAUCCAUCAAGUGGAGUCCAUACUCAACACAUCGAAAGAUUAUGGGGCUCAGCCAACUGGAGAAAUAAAAAACACAGAGGAACUGCCAGACAACACCUGCAUUCAUAUUUAUGUGAGUUUUUGUGGCGGCGGGCGCAUAAACAUCAGGAUCUCUUCCUCGCUAUUUUAAAUACGAUAAAAUUAUUUUCCCUACCAAAAUAAAAUUUUUCAUAUUUUGUUUCCAUCGUUUAUUCAUAAUCUUUGUUUUAUAUGUACAUAUCCUGUUAAAGUAGUUUUUUAUUAUUUAAUCCUUUUUUGUCUAUUUUUGGCCUAUUUUUAUUAUUUCAUUUAUUUUUGUAUAUAUGUUGCAAUGUUUUCGUAAUGUUUUUUAAUUAUAUAUUUAUGUUUUGGUAUAUAUUUAUGUUUUUACGAUAUAUAUGUUUUGGUAUAUAUUUAUGUUUUUCAAUAUAUUUAUGUUUUGGUAUAUUUUAAUAUAUACCUUGUGAAAUAAAAGUAUUUUUAAAUAUACGUUGUGAAAUAAAAGCAUUUAUUAUUACAUUUCUUUCUGUUUUUGUUCACAAUUUCAAUAAUAUCAAUACAAUACAAUCAAUAUGAAUACGAACACAUAAUAAAAUGAAUAUAAUACAAUAUAUACGAAUACGAAGAGCUUAUCAGUGUUAAGGUUAUAAACAUUGGCGGAUAGCAGUCGGACUCUACCCGCUAAGAGAGAAGUACCUAAAAUAAAAAGUAAAAUAAAUAUUAACACACUCACUUAUAUGUUUGUAUUUAUAAAUCGUCUAAUUUAUCACAAAAGUGCGAAAAUGUGCAAUUUAAUACAACAAAAAUCAAAAACAUGCAAUUUCGUGCAAUAUAAAAUUUACAUAUGUUAUUCUAUAGGUCUUAAAACGGAUAGAUAUUCCGGUCCGGAGUUUAAUAAAAAUAAAAAUGAAAAGUGCAAUAACAUGGUAAUCCGGUCUCUAGUAAUGACCAAUCUCCUGUUACCCAAUUGGAAGAAUCUGGCAAAAUAAUAUGUUCGAAAGUACUUUAAAUACAUUAUGAAGCAAAGAUAUGAUGAGCCUUAUGCUUUUUCGGAUGAAUAAUUGCCUCAACAACUUCCUCCUCAUUAGGUGGUUCCAAUUCAUGUUCAUAAAUCUGAUCUUCCGGUGGAUACUUUUCCCCUCCAUUCAGCAGGGUCUCAAAAUAUUUCUUCUGUUCUUCCAUACAAGCCUUAUCAUCUGUCAAUAAGAUUCCUUCCACAUUCAUACACAUACUUGGUGUCUGCUUGAAUGGUUUACUAGUUGUGUUGACUUUCUGAAAGAAUUUUCUGACUUCAUUUGCAGAUCUAAACUUCUUCAUUCUACUAAGUCAGCAUUACUUUGUUGUGUAUUUUUUCUUUGAUGACCAUGUUUCUCUUCCUGAUAUUUUCUUCAGUAUUCGUCAAGAGUUCUACGCACCCGCCUGUUGAUCAUGGCUUUAUGGGUCACAAUCUUUAUGUUAGUGAGAGCUCUGCACUCUUCAUCGAACCAAGGAGACAUUUAUUCUUUAUUUGCUAAUGGAAGCAACCUAUUAAAAAGAUUAAUUGAAAAUAUUUCAUAUGCAGUGGGAAGGAGGGAAGUGCCUCUGUAAUUAUCACAUGAAAAUACAUCUUUUUUCUUAUGUAUGGAUGGGAGCGGGUUAGCUCAGUGGUAGGGUACUGAGCUUCCAAUGCAAAGGUCCCGAGUUUGAACCCCGGCUCAUGGCAGAAAAUUUAUUUAUCUGUUUCAUUGGCCGUGGGGCGACCUUGGGUCAGGAGUCCCUCCUGGGACACACCCAGCCUCUAUAAAGUGGGUACCCUUAAUUAAAUAAUUAAUUAAGGGGGAAAACCUGGCGGUUGAGCGUGAUCUCGGUCAAAUCACCUCCUUGCACAACUGUUGACCUAGAAAUAGUGCUUUCCCUAAAUAGUACUGAACCCCAGACCCUUCAUGGGUUGUAGUGUUACAGGUUCUUAUGUAUGGGGAAAAUAACUGUUCUCCUUCAUUCAGCUGGUAGCUUUUCUUCUCUCCAUAUGUCCAUAAAUCUUAUAAGUCCAUAAGUUCAGUCUAUCUCUAUUUCAUCCGACGUACUCAAUAUUAACUUGGUCUCCUAUUCCUCUCAUUCAUCUUUCCACGCACCAGCUCCACUCCCCAUUCAUCCCUUCUUUAAUCUUAAUCCUAAUAUUUUUUCUAUUCCUAUAUUACCCCUAACAAUCUCCUUAAAUCCAUUCAUAAAUCCUACACCAAUAAAGCGAUCUCGCAUUUGAAAAUAAUGAGAGACUUAAAAAAAUAGAAGAGAUGGCAUUAAAGCAAGAGAAAAUAAUAGAAAAUUUACUCAGUGAGAAUAAACAGCUAAAAUCUCAAAUUAGCAACCUGGAGGUGAGACUUAACCAAACAGAACAAGCUCAACUAUCCAACUCCCUGGAAAUACGAGGUAUCACACCCAAUGCUGGAGAAUCUACCAAGGACUUGGUGUGCUCUAUCGGUGCAGCUCUGAGCAUAAAGCUGGGUGUUGAAGACCUGGAUUUUGUGGAGAGGAAAAGGACCAGAAGAGAGGACCCUAGGCCACCGCCAAUCAUCGUGCGGUUCGUCCGCCGGACGGUGCGUGACGAAGUCAUCCACUUACGCAAGGUCAAGAGGGACUUUUCCACGUGGCAUCUGGGCCGGAACAGCGACAAGAGAAUUUAUCUAGGCGAAGAAAUGAGUCCAGGUAAUAAGCAUUUAUACUGGUUGGCAAGGCAGAAAAGGGCGUCGGGUAUGCUGAGAUACGUAUGGUUGGCUGGAGGAAAGGUACGAUACAGAAGACAGGAUGGAUCCCCAGUCAUCAUCGUCAACAAAAAGGAAGACAUUGAAUUGCUGGAAUGAAAUAAGUCUCACUGUUCUCUCCAACCUCUUUUUUAUGAAUAUCUUUUAUUUUCUUUUUCUUUUUUAAAUAUGUUAUUGGUCUUUUUUGUUUCUAUAGUUCAUAAUAAUUUAUUCUAUUGCUUAUUAAGUAUUUUUUUGAAAGAUGAAAUUUUUUUAUUUUACUUCAAAUUAGAUUUUAAUUUUUUCUAUGCUUACCUUCAUUAAAAGAUUUCAAGUAAGAUCUAUAUCAAUAUAAUGUACAUAAUUUGUUAUUAUAUCUCAUUAUGUAAGUUUAAAAAUGUGCCUAUUCCAUCAAUAUUAAAACUAUUUUGUCACACUCCGCAGAUCAUCCUUACCCUGACCUCUUCAUGACUAGUGUUGCCCAAAUGCGAGACCGAGACGAGUCUUGGUCUUGCAAACUCAGUCGUUGUCAUGGUCUUGCGCAAGAUUCUCUCAGUUCCUUAUCAGCUUAUCACUAUAGAAAUAUUACUUUAAUUUUUUAGAUAGAAGAAACCUAACUAAGCCCAAUUGAAAAAUUAGAAGAGUUAAAUGCAAAAGUAUAUUGGUUAUACCAAUUAUUGACGUAUAGUAACUAAAGUUGUCGAUAAUUAGUAACUAUUUUGCCUUAAUUUUUAUUUUAAAAAUAGAUUUUUUUUACCAGUCCUGGUCUUGGUCUUGCAACAGUUAGGCGGCGUUGGUCUUGGUCUUGCAAAGUGCAAGACCAAGACCGAUUUUGGGCAACACUAUUCAUGACCAAUACCUUAAUAUCCUGUCACAUUAACUCCCAAUCCCUUCUAGCACAUUAUGACGAAUUCCUUGAUUAUUUUCACCAUAACUUCCAUCAUAUCAUAGCCGUUUCAGAAACUUGGCUCAAACCUGAUAUUCCCUCCCUAUCCGUUUCCUUACCCAACUAUACCCUCUUCCGUCAUGAUCGAAUGGAACGAACAGGUGGAGGUGUGGGAUUGUUCGUACAUGACAGUUUGACGGCCAAAGUCCUUCUAAAAUCUCCUUCAGACGUCCCUAACAUAGAAUAUCUGUUUGUCCAGAUUUCCUUUAGUACCUUUCCUCUACUCUUUAUCGAAUAAUGAAUAGCUGCGUAAGAUUUGUUAUCGGUGCCCCGAGGUACUCCCAUGUCUCUCACCACUACACUGAGUUAGGGUGGCUCUUCCCCUCCUUUAGAAGUCAAUAUUUCCUAGGUACGUUCCUCUAUCAAAUCAUUAACAACCAUUGUCCUUCUUACGCCUACAACCUUCUCCAAUUUAAGUCCUCAGUCCAUUCCCUUUCAACAAGAUCUUGACCUUCUGACCUCUACAUCCCUUCGCACAGAUCUGCCUCAUUUCAGAAUUCCUUUAUAGCUCGUGCUGUCAAUUUCUGGAAUUCUCUACCUAUCAAAAUUCGGCAUUCCCCCUCCAUAUCCACAUUCAAAUCCCUCCUUUUCCAAUUCCUAUCCCAAAAACAGUCAGAUACUUGCUAAACUUUCGAUAUUAUACAUUUCUAGUCAUCAUCAAACGAUAGUGCUAUUCUAUACUGUGAACUUCACUAGGUAUAUUACAAUAUUUUCCGGCUCUUAUUGCCACUGACCGCAUCUAUUGUUUGCUUUUUUUAUUUUUAUUAUUAUUUUUUAUUGGUAUAUAAUUAAAUCUGUACCUCUAGCAUUUGACAAUGAUGAGUCUACAUAUUAAUCAUUAUUUAAAGACACUGAUAUUUUAUAUUGUCAGCUUUGUUAGCAGAAACACACCUCAUUUUAAAGAAGAACUCAAUGUAUUUUUUAUUAUUUUAUUUUUUAAAAGAGUAUAAUUAUAAUUUUUCCUACUGUACAUAGUCUUAAGUGUUUUAUCAUAGUUUUAAGUGUUUUGUAUAUAGAUUUUUUUUUUUUUUUUGUAUAUAGCUUGUUUAACUAAUAUUUUCUUUACUUUCUCUUUUUUAUUAUUGUUUUAUUUUGGCCAGAUGUAGUAUUUUAAUUAUGUUCUAUUUUGUUAUUCUAAAGGGACUUUGUCCCAGAAUAAAGUUAUUUUCUAUUUCUAUUUCUAUAAUUUCUCUCUCCAAAAUUCCAUUUUUCCCAAAUCCUGGAAAAGAGCCAUAGUCUGUCCACUGAACAAAGUUCCAACUCCUUCAUCAGCUUCCGACUUCAGACCCAUCUCCAUUCUAUCCAAGCCUCUAGAAAGAUUAGUUCACUCUCAGUUGAACAGCUUUCUCGAGCAAAACCAUCUCCUCAAUCCCUUACAAUCUGGUUUCCAUUCCCAGUAUUCCACCCAGUCUGCCUUGCUAAGGAUUACCCAGACCUCCAAUCCGCCAUAGAUAAACAGAAAAUCUCCAUCCUAAUUCUUUUUGACUUUUCCAAGGCGUUUGAUUCCGUUAAUCAUGAGAUCCUUCUUUCCAAACUCCAAAGCCUGCCCAUGUCAAAUAGCGUCCUAAAAUGGUUCCUAUCCUUCUUAUCCAAUCGAUCUCAGACAGUUACAAUACCGAAUAAACCUCCUUCAUCAUCACUUCAAUUAACUCGAGGUGUUCCUCUCCCCGACCCUUUUCUCCAUCUAUAUUAGUGACCUUCCUAACGCCAAUUAACACUCCAAUUACCACCUAUAUGCCUAUGAUUUCCAAAUAUACCAAUCAUUCCAACCUUCUGAGAUGCCUGAGGCUGCACGGAGGCUACAAGAGGACAUCGACUGCAUCAACAGAUGGGCAGAAAUAAAUGAAUUAAAGCUGAAUGCAGAUAAAACCAAGGCUAUUAUCAUCGGGUCCAGACAUCUCAUCAGCUCCCUUCCUUACUUUCCUCUACUUUACCUCAAUAAUCAUCCCAUCCAUUUUUUCCCUACAGUCAAAAACCUAGGAGUAACCUUUGACCAGAACCUCUCCUGGGAUAAUCAUUUCUCCCAGAUUACCCGAAAAUCCAUAACUGCCCUUAAACAACUCCUAAGAUUCCGUGAUUGUAUUCCUCUAAAAACCAGACAGCUCCUUGUAACCUCCCUUGUAUUCCCCCACUUUAACUACAGCUGCUUGGUGUAUGGAAGGCUAUCUGCCAGGCUGGAAAUGAGACUAAAAAGACUCAUGAAUUGUUUCAUAAAAUACAUUUUCGGGAUCCCCAGGCAUUCCCAUUUUUCACUAUGGUACACCGAGUUGAAGUGGCUUUAUCCUACUUCCCGACGACAAUUCCUUCUUGGCGUUUUCCUUUUCCAAGUCUUCAGAACCAAAAACCCUCCCUACAUCCUGGAACUCCUUACUCUGCGCUCCUCUAUCCAAUCUCAAUACUAGGUCUCAACCUAUAGACUUAUAUAUAUUCCCUCCCAUAAAACUUCCUCCUUCAGCAAAUCCUUCGUCAUUCGUGCUGCUUCCUUAUGGAACUCACUUCCUACCUCAAUCCUCAUCCACAAAUUCCUUCCAACAACUCCUGUUCCAACACCUACUCCACAUUCAAACUUCCCCUAACAUGUAAAAUUACUUGCAUCUAUACAAUGUUUAAUUUCAAUCCAUUGCACAAUUGAAAUAACAAUUAAAAAUAAAUUAGUUGAUAUUUUUAUUAUGUCAGACUAAGAUACAUAAAUUUGUAACUCUGUUAUUAUUCUUAGGGGACAGUAGCCCCAGAAUAAUAUUAUUUUUUCAUUUCAUUUCAUUUCAUGAUUUCAGACCAGAUAAUAUCUCAAGAGUUAAGCAUAUUACCCAGUAUUACUCCGACUUUAAGUGGCUCUAUCCGUCCCACUGCUGUCAGUACUUUCUUGCUACCUUCCUGUACCAGGUUAUUAGAUCUCAGUGACCCUCCUAUAUUUUACAGAGCCUACAAUUUAAAUCCUCCAUUCAAUCCUGUCCCACCAGAUCCCGUCCGUCUGACCUGCUGUGUUUGAGAAAUCCUUUCUAAUUCAAGCAGUCUCCCUCUGGAAUUCUAUUCCUCCCAAUAUUAGACACUCAAAGUCAGUCUCCUCUUUCAAAUCACUCCUCUUUAAGCACCUAUACCAUUCCCAAUCCAUAUAAACAUGAAAUGCACACAAGAAUCUAAGUUGUAAGACUCUCUAAUUACACCCAGAUAAUAUUUAUUUAUUUUAUUUUAUAUUUUUCAGUUUAUUUUAUAUUUAUUUAUGUAUGCUUUUUUUUAUUAUCUUUAUUCUUACUUUAUUUUACCAAUUAUCUUUUAAAUAUUUAAUUUAAGUUAUGGACACAUAAAUAUAAUAUGUUUAUUUAUAUUCUGCAUUUAUAAUUUGUUCUAAAGGGACACUAGUCCAAGAAUAAUAAAGGUAUUUUCUUCUUCUAGGAAGCUUAGGUUUAUAUAUUUUUUUAAGGUUAAGGCAAUUAAACUUCCAUUUUUCUUUAGUCUUUUUUAAUCACAUCUAUUACAUCUGACAUUUCGUAACAAUUUUCCCAUCCUCAGAGAGUCCUUUAUGUUUACUUGACUUUGUAAUGUGGUACCAAGUUUCAAAAAUUACAAUAAUUGCCAUAUCUCUUUUAAAUAUAAUACUUUUUGGUAUUGCACAUUCAUUUUCUGUCUAUCAUCUUAUCAACCAACACCUGGCUACCAUCGACCUUCAGUUCCAUUAAGGUGUUGGUUUGUGUGAUGAUAGACAGAAAAUGAAUGUGUAACACCAAAAAGUAUUAUAUUUAAAUAGAUAUGACAAUUAUUGUAAUGUUUGACAAUUGGUGCCACAUUACAAGCCUAUGAAAUAAUUUUGAUGUGUGGAUCAGUUAGUGGAUGCCGAUAGUAUGGUCUUCAGCUUUUUUAUGUUUCAUCUACAAGAAAUGUGACAAACUGGAAUGAGAAAAUUACUGAGCUCUAGCCCUCCUUAGCAUGACUAAUAAAGUUCAGUCAUCUUCGAUUUGCAGAUCGAUGGUGCUCAUUAAGAGAAUUUUUGAGGACUGCCAAAGUCUAUUUAGGCAAGUAAGGUGACAACUGCCUGCAUUUUUGCUUUAAGGUAGCUUUUGGAAAAGACUUAUUAUUUGACAUAUUCAUGGACUUCUGAUAAACUUACAACUGAUUAUAUUAAAAUUAAAGAAGAUAAUUAUAUUAUUAUUUCAUUACCAUAAAAUUUCUCUUUGGUAAAUAUAUCAAAUACAAAUUAUCUACUAUAACUAUACAUAUAUUACUUCCAAUUGAAGAUAAUUUUUCCAUCUGCCAGGAGUGAUGAACUCUGACAAAUCAGGUGUUAAAAGAAAGAGAAUUCAUGGAGAAGUGAUGAAUCCUAAUUUUGAUUUUUAAAUUCACACAUUGAGUUCUACCAAUGGGUAGUUUCUCUUCAUGUUGUACAUGUGAUGUUAUCAAUUUCACAUUUACAUAUUGUAUUUUAUAUGUAAUACAGUUGUAAAUUCCAUUAAAAUAAUUAAAAAAAAAAAAAAUUCACACUACAAUGUCAGUUAAGUUGUUGAAAAAGAAAAGAUAUUUCAAAACUCUAAUGGUGCUUAUUCAUUGGAUCAAGACAGGACAAAUUGUGUUUUGGAAAUUUUAACUCAGACAUGAAGAUCCAUUCCUUUGAAACUUAGCUAGCCUUCCAUUUAAAGCCGCCUGGAAAAAUUAGUAGUUAUAUCCAUUAAUUUAUGGAUUUUCAUUUAAUUAGUUCCUAGAAAAAAGUUGUUUUGUAUUGAGCAAACUAGUAUGAAAUGAGGAUUUAGAUUUGGUGGCACAAUUACCAAAAAUUUUAAAUGGUUAUCGGUGAUUAAAAAAAAUAUUUUAUUGCCCAUAGACCUGUAUUUUUAUCCUAUAAAAAAUGGAAUAACAGUCAAGAAGAAAGGAAAAAAAGAUUUCACUUAAAUGAAAACUGAAAUUGUUGGUUAGCCAAAUUCUGCCACUUUUAGACUUUUUUUUUUUUAAAGCUUAUAAUUGUUUUGAAAAGUAACUGGCAAAUAAAUACAUAUUAUCCAAAAAAUAUAAUACAUAAGUUUUGGAUCUGCAUAUAUAGAAAUUUUUAGCCUCGAAUAUGAUAAGUGGUCACCAUCCUUACCUGUAGAUUUUCCAGAACGCCUGCCAAACCUUCUUUUUUGUGAAGAUGUGACCUUUGUUUGGUCAAUAUGGUCUGAUGACACACAGCAGGACCAUCCUUUGGUUAAAUGCCAUUUUUUUCUUUGACCCUGUCUGAGGCCCUGGUACCUGGAGGUGUAUGCAUACCUCAAAAUACCAAGUAAAACUCCUUUAUAAAUCAUCAUCAUCACUGUAUAUCUGAGGCUCCAGAAUAUGCCCCUGAUAUGACUGAACCCACUCAAUGUUUAGUCACCUAAGUUGCCAGGUAAUCAAAGUUGAAUGCUAAUUUAGAUCUUUACCUAACCUUACACCAAGGUAGGCUACCACCUCACUUGGAAAUGUUCUUUGACCUUUUAUAUUCAUGUUGAUGGGGUAUGCACUAUCUGUCGUGCCUGUUAAGAGUCUGGCUUAAGUCUUCUCAGCAGCCAUCCUCUUCUUCUUCCUCUUACACCAUCUUGCCAUGAGGUUGGCACAUCACUCUGCUGCUACUUUGGCCUCCACUCUGCUGUUGGAUGCCACCACAGAGCUUGGUUGUCAGCAUAGACAGUGGCAUGGAGUUGCUCAUUUUCUAGCACUCCCAGCAAUUAAUCAACGGAUUAAAUAUUAUAUUUUAGAUAUUCUGAUCUGCUCCCAUCACUCUCUCCGUAGCGAGGAAAUUUGGAACUAUCAUCGCACAAACAAUUCCCAUGGUUUUUAUUUUUUUUUACUGAGGUCAGUUUUAUACCAUUUUAUGUAACAUAUAGAGCCUGAAAUCAUUUUCUCUAUAUUUCUUUUUUCUUUAAUUAACUAUUUUUUGGAAUUUUUCGAACAUCCAAGCUUGGGCGCACCAUCCCUAACUGGAUCCGCUAGUGCCAAAAAUUGUGUCUAAAUUGGUGACACACAGAAUUCCCUGGUGACUCCUCUUUGAAUACGCUUCUGAGGUCUACUUAAUUGACCAACCUCGAAAAUAUCAUUAUGCUGUUUCUUCAACAUUUCUGCAAAUUCUCAUUGGUUUCCUUUGUCUUUAGUUUAACUGUAUCACCGUGGAUGGGUCAUUUGAUCAAUAACUGACCAUAACCUGGUCAUCAUGAGGCUCUCCAGAACCUUGCUUAUUGCAGAGAAGAGAUAAAUUGGUCUGUAUGAUUUAUGGAGUUGCUUAUUCCUGACCCCUCACUUAUUCUCAAGUUCUUUGGAAAGUAUCCUCGAUUCAGCUAAUCAUUAAGAAUUCGUGAAAGUCAUUUUUCAGUGUAGUGGAUACUGUUGUUAGGGAUUGCUGCAUCUAUAGCAUCAAGCCUUUAGAGAUGCGAAUAAAGAGAUUUAUAAAUUGCUUCAUAAAAUUAAUUAAAGAAUCUAUUCAAGGAAUUAGCAUAUAUGCUUGCCAUUCUCAUUGUUUAUUGCCACCACCUUUAUUAAAUCAAAUUUAUUACGAUCUUAUGUGUUAAUUUAAAUUUUAAUUACAGAGUUUUCAUUAUCUUUUAUUUUGUUUUCAGUGGUUACAGAUGGUUGUCUCAUGUGCAGAACUAAGUGAUCAUAUUUCUGGCACUUGUCCAUAUUGUGGGGAGAAAUUGUGGUGUCAACUGAGGAAGAAUGAUUAAUAAUAUCUAUUUUGAUUGAAAUUUUUAUCCAACAAUAAAGAUAUUUUUUUUAUUUUAUUCUAUUUACUGACGUAUUAAUUAAAAAGUGCCACUAGAUCCUUCUUUUUUUUUAAUUUGAAUAACUGUAUUAUCCCCAUCCACUUACUGACUCAUAUAAAGAAGGGAUUGUUGGCAGUAGCA